AUGGUUUCUAAGAUUUUCAGAAGCUGGGCAAAUCGGGUGGAUACAUACAACGUGUUGUCAGCAAUGGAUCUUCAUGUUCUCUGCUUAGACUACAGAGGAUUUGGUGAUUCGGAUGGAUAUCCAAGUGAAUCUGGAAUGAUCGCCGAUUCUCUACUCUUAUUCGACUAUACAAAAAAAUUGGCAGGUGGAAAUUAUGUUUUUGUAUGGGGUCAUUCAUUGGGAACUGGAAUUGCGACGUCGGUAGCGAUGGAAUUAAGCCACAGAAAUACUCCACCAUCUGGCCUUAUUUUGGAAUCACCUUUUAAUAAUGUUGUCGAUCUCAUUGCGGAAUCUCCUGAGUCAUCAGCUUGGCGCUGGCUGCCUUGGUUUGACCUUUUCAUUAGACAAUCUAUAUUGCGAUCCGGUCUUAAUUUCAGUUCUGAACUGCAUAUCAAAGGAGUUACGUGCCCCAUAUUAAUGAUGCACGCUGUUGACGAUGAAGUGAUUCCAUUUUCAUUAGCGAAAAAGUUAUACAAUACAGCAUUGUCAGCUAAUCGCAGUGCUUCAUUUAUUUCAUUUGCUGCCGGACGGGGACUUCUGCACAAAUAUAUCAACAAAGCAAUAGAAUUACACGUUCUUUUAAGGUUAACUUUAUUUUAUACCGAAUCUUAG